UGCGGUUGUGCUCGGUAGUAACAACCAUCAUUAUCUGCCUGCUGUUAGUGUCCAAAAACGGUUUCGGAAAGCGCUCAUCGUACCCAGCCGGUCGGCAGCACCAUAUCGGUCGCACCAUAAAGUUGUCGUUUGUUCGCGUGUGUGUGUGGCAAAAACGACCGGUGGCAGGUUUAACAAUGUUUGACUGUUUUUGCUCACAGCCACCGGUAGCGGGCGAUACCGGCGAGCCGAACGUGCCAUUUGAAACUUUUCCCAAUCACCACCAGCGGCCGUCGGUGGUGGCGACCGAGUUUGCGGCCGAACUAGUGCACCAGCUGGUCGGCGGUGUGCGGGGGGGCGUCCGGGGGUACGGACCGUACCUGGCCCGGUACGCUCUCCUCAUCAACGCCAUCGAAACGGUGCUGUCAAUGUAUGCACUGCUGACGCAAGCCGGCUGGGACCAUCGGCUCCAGUGGCGCCCGCUCUUCUACAUUCCGAAGUAUUUGCGCAUCAAUAUCGCGCUGGUCGUGUCGCUGCUGACCGUCUACUCGAAUCUGGCCGCCAUCGUCGGUUUGCUAAAGCAUCAGCCGUACCUGCUACUGCCCUACAUCUGCCUUCGGCUGGGCACGUUUGUGCUGGAGCUGUGCUACCUGGUGGAUAAAACGAGCCCCCGGCCUGCCUGUAAGCUUGACCCAAAGGUUUGCCCACUCGAACGGUGGCGGUCGUGGUCGCCGCUGAUGGUCGUCCUAGUUGGCUGCAAUCUAUCGGCAGUGAUCGCUGUGUAUAUGACCGACGGUGGCCUGAAGGUUGGUGCUGCAUGACCGGUGUGCGGUGUGAGAUUGAAAUCGUACCGAAGUGGCGCCCUUGUCGUGAUUCAGAAACGUUCGCACGAUGGUGAAGAUUGGUGGUUCUCAUUUUUAACCACAGCGCAUCCAGCGCAAUUCGGAACUCCUCUCAACCACGCAAGGUGUAACAAAAUCCGUGGUCAAAGUUUCCCCGAAUUGGUCGUUCUUUUUUGUUUGCUUCAGCCCUGAAGAUUAGUAGUGAAUGGUGGUUUGCAGUGUUUGCACACACACCACUACCGGGGCUAAUGGAUUCACGCGAGAUGGCGCUGCAGUAGGCAAAAGGGGGAAUUAUUUCCCUUUUAGCAGCAAAAGGGUAUGGCAAUAAACAACGCGCUGUUGGAGACAUUUUCGUCACACACUGUA